AUGACUACGGAACAGAAAUUUGAAGAAUUUGUGAGACGGGUUCUCAAUGCUUGGAGUGGAUACCAAUUAGCAUUAGAUAAUUCGUGUGGGGGAGAAGAAACCAAAGAAAAAGCAGAGUGGAUUGUCAAUGUAAUUGUCGAGCACGUUGUUACCAGUCGCGGCCUAAAAUCAGAAGACUUUGAAGAUUGGCUCACAAACAUUCUUUAUCACGACUUCGACUUGAUUCUUGAAGAUGACAGCGUCUAUUCUACAUGUUUUCUUCUCCUCGAGGCUUUUACGUACAUCAAAAAUGACAAUCAAGCUGGAAUAAAUCAAUUACUAAGUGGUUUGCCAAACGAUGAAGAGCUUGCAAAGAUUAAAAAGCAAAGUGUUCGUGGCCAAGAAGACGACGAGAUGGACAUCGAUGAUGUUCCACAAGAAGAUAUGGAGGAAGCUGGACCAUCGGAUGAACAUGAGCGAAAACCUAGAAUUGUUAAAGAAGUUGACGAGGACGGUUGGACGACAAUUGUUAGACGAUAG